AUUGCCAUUCGCACCGAAGAGCUGCUAAAAAUGGCCAGCGACGGGCAGUCACUAAAAAAAUACCGUACAAAACAUUUUGAGAAAAAUUCCGUCGCUUUUUAUUUGCUGUUGCUGUUAUAGAAAAUUCAAUUAUACUUGCUAAACUAACGGUUAAUCGGUUUCUACGAAGGGGCUUAUGCGUAAUUGGAGAGUGCGCGCUAAACGCGUGGUGAAAACGGAUUGGAAAACCAUUUUUCAUACGCAGCAAACAGGCAAUGAGCGCGCGUGAGAGUGUGUGUGUGUGUGCCACAGAAAGUUGCAAGCAGCCUAGAGCUAAAUAGGCGCACGGUUGUUAAAUAUUCACCGUGCUCUCUCGCUUUAUGCAAUAACAAAAUCUGCAAAUUCCCCCAUUAGGCGCAAAAAUGUGAAAAAAAAAGGGGGGCAAAAAACCAAUGGGAAUUUCUCAAUGUUGUGUCAAUACAGUGAGAGCGACGUACGAAAAGUCAAAAGCAAAGGAGAGGAGAAUGGAAUAACACAAAAAAAGAGCUGAGCCACAGCAAAGAAGCAAGAAGAAACGCGAAGCAGGCUCUAAAAGAAAAAUCGAAAUAAUAAAAAAAAAACACGCACGCAUGUGUUGGUGUGUGUGAGCGAGUGAGAUUCUGUGCGCGUGUAAGUGCAAAUGUGUGUGUGAGAGAGUGAAACGUAUAAAUAAAAUUCAGCCAAAUGCAGAAGCCAACAACAAAAUGGAUAACAAAACUACACAGUUGGAUUUUAAAUUACUGGUAAUUAAAUAAUGUUUACCAUUACCCCAUCCCGUCCCACUUUUUCCACUAUUCCAAUAUCACUUACACAUACAGCAGCUGCUGUUUGGAAGUGUCUGUGCAGUCUACAUUCCGUGUGACUGCGACUGUCUAAUUGAGAGAGCAGCAAAACAACGUGUAAUGCGUAGGGAAGGAAGAGAGCGGCAGAGAGAAAGACAAAAAGAGAGAGAGAGAGAGCUUGAUAGAAGAGGAGGAGGUGGAGGACAGAUAACAAAUGAAGUACAGUGUGCACUGGUCGCAUUUAUUAUUGUUGUUUUCGUUGUAUAUUUAGCUGCUGUUCUUGUUGUGGCUGUGCUUCUUGUUGCUGUAAUGUGAAAAGGUGGAUCAAUCACUAAAUCUACUGGACAGCCUCAACACGGCAUUGCGGUGCGAUGCUAUUCAAUUCUUGCUGCAGACGCUUAAGUGCAAGUACCCGGAGGCCUGCGACCAAGUCGUCAGGAAUCUGUUCAGUCACAUAGCUGCGGCCAAUGACAAUGUGGGGGCAGGAGGAAGGGCGCAGCAACACGAGCUAGCGAGGACGAAGCAGCUCCAGCUGCUGCUGACCGCUAAGAAGGAGAAGAAAGAACCGGGAAUCGGUUGCGAGGCGGAGAUCAAGCGAGAGAACGAUGAGGAGGAGGCGGGUUCAACGGAUCUGAACCAGAAUUUCGAGAAGAUCCCCUGCAAAGAGGAGUUUAUGUGCCUCGAGGAGGAGGAGGAGGACUUUCUCGACGAUGCAGACACGCAGAACUCGUCUUCCCUGCAGUUCCACACCGGCAACAAUGUGGACGCCCUGGCCCUGGGCCCUGGCGAUCCGCUGGAGCUGAUCCAGUCCGGAGUUUCGCUGCUGGUCAAGCGGAAGUAUGCUGCCACCUUCGAGGACGAGGACCAGCUGGACGGGGAUGAGGAGGCCAACAGCAAUAGCAGUGACGGCAAGCUGGUCAAGCGAAAGCGCACCAACAACAUGCACCUGACCGUGUCGAGUGUGCGUCGGAAAGAGGAGCACGGCCAGUUGGGCGAUGGCUACGUCUUCCACGAAGACAGCCAGUAUACGAUGCGGUAUCACCACAGCACCGGCGAGUUCAGCGAGCGGGCCUUUAAGGCCCAGUUCCGGGCUCUGCUCCGCCUGGCGCUCAGUCAGCACCACAAGCCGUUUCUCCGGCAGUUCUACGAGAACUUUGUUGUGAAUGGACGCUUGCUGGGGACCACGCCCUCGAUGCGGGUCCUGAAGGAGCUGCGCGAGCAGCGGCUGGAGGAGUGGCGCCGUCAGCGGGAACGCCGCCAGCUUGUAAUCCUAAUGGAGCAGAGCGAGAUUCAGUGCGAAGAAGAGUGUCAGCGACAGCAGGAGGAGCUGCAGAAUCAGGAGGAAAUCCAGCAGGAGCAGGAACAGCAGCAACAGCUGGAGGAUAUUCAGCAGCAGCAGCACAUGGAGGAGAUUCAGCGGCAGCAGCAACUGCCGGCCAUCUCGUUUGGUGACUCUGAAUUGGAGUCGGAAACGGAAUCGCAGCUGUCGUCGGCUGCCCAAGAGAUUAUGAAGUUCGAGGAGUUCAUUGACGAGGGUGUAGGCGCUGGGCGUCUGAUCGAUGGUCUGGAGAUGGAACCCGAGAUCGAUGACAUGCUAGCUGGCGCUGGCAGUAUGAACAGUGCCAGUGGACAUAGCAGCAACAGUAGCAGCAGCGGAAGUGGGAGCGCCGGUAAUGGGAAUGGCAUCAGCGGGGUGAUCCUGGAGAACAAUAGUCAUCAUUCGCAUCACCUAAGUAGCAGCAGCAGCGCAAAUCUUGUGAUCAACGGCCUUACGUCAAGCAAUAGCAUCAGCAACAAUAAUAAUAACAACAACAAUGUCAGUCUACACCGCCCUCAACUGACGCCACAGGCGCAGAAUCAGUUGGCCGCGUCGAUGAAACCAUCAGACCAUAUGCCCAUUUCCAUGCCCAUGGAGAACAGGGAUUUAAAGGCCGGGCAAGCGGCUCAUGGGACUCCCAACGCCAUCAUGCAGGGCAGUAGUUCGAGCCUCGCCAGCCAACUUCAUCAGCAACAAAAACAUUACAACUCGAGCAAUAAUCCCCUGUCCAUGAUGGGUGGCAUGAUGCAGCAGCAGCAGCAUGUGGGUAUGCCGCACCAGCAGCGCCAGAUGAUGAUGAUGCCGGAGGAUUUCCCGCAGCACGGAGCCUCAAUGAUGAACAGUCGUCAAAUGCCUGCCCUGGCCGCCUUGUCGAAUCUGGGCGAUCCACCUGCUGUGAGUGGCCAGCUUAACUCCUCCCUUGAGCUGGACGACAAUGACCUGUCGGCGGAUGAGGACGAUGACGAUCUGGACCACGACCUGGACGAUAUGGACGCGGCCAAGCAACAGCUAAUAGAUGGCGGCAGCAGUAGCAGCACAUCUCUUCAGGCACCACCUUCGCAGCACGGCAGCGGAAGUGGAGGCAGCGGUGGCCAGACGCCCGGUAGCAAAAAGGACAAGCCCAGCUACAACUGUCUGCUCUGUCCCAAGUCCUAUCGCAAGCGCAAGUCCCUGCUGGACCAUUACAAAAUGCAUCCGGGCUACUGCCACGACUGCGGUCAGCGCAACGGGAACACGCUGGAGGAAAUAAUCCACCACAACCGGACCAUGCAUGUAAAGGAGUUUCCGUUUGUGUGCGAAACGUGCGGAGAGUCGUACUCCCGCAAACAGCAGUUCCACGCCCACGUGGAGUCGCACAAUAAGAAGGAAAUCAAAACCUUUCCCUGCGGAGAGUGCGGUCUUAAGUUUCCGCAAAAGAAACUGCAGCAACACUUCGAGGAGACGGGCCACAAGGCGGACGGGGCUAUCUGCGAGGUGUGCGGCGAGGAGUUCCAGUCGAAGAAUGCCCUGUACCAGCACAUUAUUCGUGUGCACAAGCGCGACAACUUCUUCGAGUGCCACAUUUGCCAUAACCGCUUCACGCUGAAAGCCAACCUGGAGCGGCACGUCCAGCUGCACACCGAGAUCAAGCGGCCCUACGUGUGCGAUCUGUGCGGCUCUUCCUACUUCACAUAUCCCGCGCUCAAGGAGCACUACAGCAACGCCCACGUUGACGUGUCCGAGUGCAAAUGCACGCUGUGCGGCAAGCGCUUCGGAUCGGCCAAGUCCCUGCAGCGGCACCUGCCCUCGCACUCGGAGGAAAGGCCGCACUGCUGCAACUAUUGCGAUCAGACCUUCAAAUGGAAAACGCACCUGGUGCGCCACAAGCAGACAACGCACGGAAACGAGCCACCUCCUCCUAAGAAGGGAAAGCAGCGCUUUCCCAAAGCAAGCGAAGAAGAUAUGGCUAGCUUACCGGACAUGCCGGGGCCACCGCCCGUGAAGGCUAGUAAAAAGGCAGUAACCAGCAAGGCAAAAGCGCAGGCAGCAGCCGCCGCCGCAGCAGCAGCAGCAGCAUCUUCCCAGCAACAACAACAGAAGGGCUCCGCAGCAACGCCGACGCCGCCACCGCCGGUAUCUACUACUCCGGGAUGCCUGCAACAGGAUCAAUUCAAUGCGGCCAUGGUUAGCAGCAACAGCUCGCAGUCCUCCACGGCGUCCACGUCACAACACUCGGUGUCGACGAGUGAAUCUCAGCAGAAUUCCAUAUACAAUCAGAGCUUUAAUGCGGAGAAACAGCAGCCAGGACAGCAGCAGCCCCAAAAUGCCUUGCACCAGCAACAUCCAACGCCGCCACCGCAGCAGCAACAACAGCAGCAGCAGGCGCCGCCACAGUCACGAGUUGCACCCGGAGAACUGCAUCUGCAACGGAUGAAUAGCUUCGGGCAGGAUGGACAAUUUCACUUUGAGUCUAAUCCGGCAGCUGGUGCCUAUCAGCAGCAUCAACUGAUCAGCCAGUAUCAGCAACAGCAGCAGCAGCAACAGCAACAGCAGCAGCCCCAGCAGCAACAACAUCAUCUCGCCCAACAACAGCAGCACAUGAGGAGUCACACGCCCCAGAGUCCACAUCCGCCGCAUCCUUCGCAGCUGCAACAACAGCAGCCCCAACAGCACUUUAGCUCCCCUCACCACAUGCCGCCAAUGCAUCAUCAACACCAGCUGAUGAUGCAACAGCAACAUCGCCACAAUCAGCGCUCGCCGCUUCACCAUCAUCCUGCAGCCCAGCAAAUUCAACAGCAGCACCAGCAACCAUCGCAUUCCCCACAGCAUCAGCAUGCGAGAUUGCAGUCGCCCCAACCUGCUCCAGUACAACAACAACAGCAGCAGCAACAACAACAGCAGCAGCAGCAGUUUCUGCAGCAACAGGCUACCGACUCCUGGGGUAACAUGAACUUUGGGAAUCCGCCGAACAAUCAGCAGGUUGAGCUCAAGGACAACAAAUUUUAUAUUGUGGAAUCGGCCGAGUUCCUAGGUCUUCCAAUGAAUGUGCCGCCAUCUCCGCAGCAGCAGCAACAAGCAGUAAGCAAGCCCCAGCAGCAGCAGCAACACCCACAACCGCAGCAACCAGAUCCAACCCUUGCUGGUGAUCUGAUGAGCUUCCAGCAUAUGUGGCCGGCGCCUGGUUUUAGCCAGUCUUCACAGCAGCAACAACCACAACAACAACAGCAGCAGCAGCAAGCGGCGCAGCAGCAACAACAACAGCAGCAGCAACAGGCCCAAGGCCAGGCAAACUCAAGUGAUCCCCACAACUACAAUAACAUCGGCAGCAUACUAACGAAUCUCAUUGACACAAAUCCCGCGCCAAUGGAGUACAACUUCGACUUGAUGCAGCAGCAACAAACGCCGUCAGCCCAGCAGCAGCAACAGCAGGCGGCGCAGCAGCAACAUCACAGUGCCGGAGGAUAUGGGAGCGGUUUGAUGCGCAGUGGAGGCGGCGUUUACGGAGGAGCCUACGACCAGCACUUGAGUGAUCAACUGGUUAGCGAGCAGCAGAAACAAAACAGCUUUCAACCCUACCACCCACAUGGCCUGCAGCCGCAACAACAGCAGCCACUGCAUCCGCACCUGUUACCCCCGCCAGCGCCCCAUAGCAAUGUGUACGAUCGCACGGGAGUUGGAGUUGGUGUCGGUGUCGGAGUGGGCGUAGGCGUGGGCGUGGGCUAUCCGAUGCUGGGAGACGAUACCAAGGGCGUGCUGCCGCCCAUGAUGGGUGGCAUGAUGCAGCAAAUGCCGCCGCAUGGGCAGCAACCGGAUCUAAUCUACUACCCAGUGAAGAACGAUUGACAGUCGAAGCAAAAUCAGCAGCCAGCCCAGCAGCCGAAUCACCUUCACCACCAUCGCUGGUGGACGGAGCCAGCCAAGAGAGGCGAUGUUUUUCAUUGAAGAAACAACCGAAAACAGGAAACGGAAUACGGAACAAGUUCGCUUAGAUUGUAAGUUAAGGGGGGACGGGACGGUGGAUGUGUGGAAGUGUGGAACGCGAGGAGUUGUAGAUAGGGCAGUCCACACAUUGUUUUUGAAAUUAAGAGCAAUAAUAUAAAGAUUAGAGCGGAAAGAGCUCAGAAUAUCUAAUCCGACCGGCGCUAUGAUACGUGUAUAAAAGUAAUCAUUUACAAAAUACAUCAAAUAAACAGAAGCAUGUAUACAUAAUUAAAUUCAGACAUAUACAUAGUAGCACCUAAGCGAGGCGAGAGCAAGAGUUAAAUUAAAAACUAUAAAUAAUAAAUAUAUAUAUAAAUUAUAUGAAGCAUAUAUAUUAGGCUAAGCAACUACAAUAAUGGCAGACCACAACCACAAGCAACUUUCGAACAAAUCUUAUGCUUAUUUACCAUUUACCAUACGAGUUAUGAAUGCAACGCCCCACAAACACGCGUGCGUUUAUGUAUAAUCAAAUCAAAACAAUCCAACAUUAUAUCCGUACACAUGAUAUCUAUGUAAACCUCGGGAGACCCCUAAGUUGUAGAUGAUUGAUUUUAUUCGGGUCAUGCAUCACAAACGGAGACGAUACAAAACAAAAGUACACGACGCUUUGACCACACAAAGUUGUAACCAUAUCAUGAGGCAUCUUCCCCGUAUAAUUAUGUAAUUGUAUUUUCGAUAGUGCUUGUUAUUUUCUAUUUAGUUAACGAAUUGAUUAUACUUACGAAGCCUUUCUGCUGAUUACCGCCAGCCACACUUUUGUUAGAUUAGUGCCUAAGUCUAGUUGAUAUCCCAAUGUAUACCCCGACAUUUUGUGGCUUUUUACACCCAAACCUUGUAUAGCUACUCUAUAGCAUUUCCGAUUUUUUUGAAGCUCCCCUAUUCUACAUCUACAUCCGGUUUAUUCAAUAUUUCUCUUCGAUGAAUUUCCUUAUAUUCAUGACAGGCCCCGAAAACAUUUAAGUUAAUCACAGCGUUGUUCUUGUUUUACACAUUAUUAAAAUUCAGCAACAUAAGAAUUGUAUAUUUAAGUGAAAGUUUAAAACGUUAACUGUGUAAGCAUACUUUUAUGAACAAAACAAAAGCAACAAAAAAAAAAAAACAGAACAAAAAUGAAAAAUGAAAUCAACAAACUUCACUAAGAUUAGGUUUGUAUUCUGGAUACAAAAAAAGAAGCAAAA